AUGUUAGAGCAAAAGAAGUUAAAUCGACAAACGUCCAGAAUGGCACGAUUCGUGGCAUUGAUGGCAUUGGCCGGGUGUGUUGUGCUGCUCUGCAGUCAUCUACCCGCGGCGAGGGCACGAGUAAUUGUACGACGCCAGGCGGAGGAAUCCGUGCCAACCGUGGCUUCAAACAGCAGCGAACAAACGGUAACGGGCGGGGUGCUCGAAGCGACAACGUUGGCCCCGACUGAUGAGGAUGCGUCCAAUAAGGUGGCGACCACUCCUCCCCGGCCAAACGAUCGUUUCGAACAGUUCCCGGCCGAUGGUUUAAACUCGGACAGUGCCGUCAUUUCGGGCGAUGAAAGUGAGGAUGAGUUAACGUCGGCCCUUUCGGAAACGAUGGAACGGCAAUCGAGCGGCACGGAGGAGGAAGAAGCUACUGUUGCCCAAACUACGCUAGCGCCAUCUGGUGAAGAAUCGCUGGGCUCCAUGAAAGACUCCUCCAGCACUGGAGAGGAGGACAGCGCGAAUUCUUCGUCCUCGCAAGGAAUAAAUGAAUCGCUGAGUGCCAGCCAACAGCAAUCCGAUGCGGAUGUGUCCGAUAGGAGCGAGGAUUCGACGGAGCUGGCCGCCGUGAAUACUGUGGCAUCUGCAGAAUCGGCUGCAAAUGAUGAAAUUACUACCCCAGCACCAACUGCCGCUCCUGCCCGCUCGAAUGUCCCAAACGAGGUGGGCUCUGAAGCGGAGAGUCUGAGCAGUGGCAGUGGAUCAUCGUCAACGGAAUUGCGAACGUCGGAAUCGGAACCGUCGGCCGAAUCGGAUCAAAGUUCAAGACUUGAAAGCACGGAACAACUCCCUGCCGUCCAGCAGCAGGCACCCAUUGAGCAGGACUCGCUGGCGGAGGAGACCACCACCGAGGCCAGAGUUGAUGUUGGUGAGGAGGAUGAUAGUAGUGUCGUCGCACCAACAUCAGUGCCGCUUCCCGAGGCAAACCCAGACGCGGAAACGUUAAGUGCCUCGGGUUCAACCCGUACCGAGGAGGACGGCGAACGGUUCGACUUAAGUAGAUAUACGGCGCCAUCCAACUACUCGCAGGGUGCUGCUGUACCACGGAACGAAAAUUCCACUGCAGUUGCGGUAUCGUUCGAUGAUGGUGAAAAAGAACUUAGCACGGAGGAACCUUUGUCGGUAACCACACUAUCAACACUUAACGUUGGCCCGGAAGACGAGUCCACCGCUGAUGGAGUCCGUGUGAGCGAAAGCGUGGAAAGAAACAGUUCCGUGUCGGUGGAAAGGACACAGAUCGAAACGAGUGCUUAUGAAGAAAGUUCCAAUGAGGUGGACCGCAACCAGACACAGGCCGGUACGAUACCGUCGCGUACCAAGAAGGGUAAAUUCUUGGACCAGUUCAACGAGGAAACCACCGAGGACAAUGACAUUAAUCUGCCGAACGGUGCUGCGUGGGCAUUGGCCGGAAUGCGCAUAGUGGAGCGCAAGCAAUCCGACGCUGGUCAGGCUGUGAGCGAAAGCACGGAAACGGUACGGGAUGAUAGCGAGAAUGUGGUGGCAAACAAUACGCUCAAGCAGCUGAUGGAUUGGGCAAUUAUUAUGCAGCAAGCGGACUUUGCGAAUAGUUCCUUCGUGCGUUCCACCGUACCGUCGGAUGAGCCGUCGGUCGGUAAGGAUAGGCGAACGUACGCGAAUAAGGUUCCGACUGUCGAGGGAGGUGAUGUUCUGAGCGAGGAGAAUCGCCUAACUGCGGUCGUAACAGAGACUGCGCCAACGAGAGCCGUCGCCGAUGGUGAGAGUGUGGCCACGGAAGCGGAAGAUGCAAAUGUAGUCGAUACAACGUUUGUCCCAUCAACCGAAAAACCCGAUCGUGAUGGGCAAGAGCUGGAAGAUUUCAAAUUUGAAGAUCGAUCUACUAGCAGCACUACGGUGGUGAAUGAGAUUGCGGGUGCUAGCGAGAGAGAAAACGUUGUGGCCACCACCACUAGACGCACUUAUGAAGUUAGUGAAAAUGUGGACGAAACUGGGGAAUCUUCGAAGAUUCGUAACACACCGGAAAUUCGAACUUCAACAACGACCACUCAACGAUCGGACGUUAGCACCGGUGUAGGUAUCUUUGACGAUGUUCCAAUAACGACCUACUCUCCUGUGGCACCAAUUCUGAGACGUACCGAGCAGACAACACCUCCGAUACCGCUCACCACCAUGAUCACGCGUAUCGCUAGCACGAUGCCUGCAAGACGUCCAAUGACCUUGCAGCAAGAACUCGCCGCCAUUACAACCACGGACGUGUCGAUGAAGGAACUUACCAGUACGGACAUGGGUAGCGCUUCAUUCACUACCACUGUGUCCAGCAGCGAAUUACCACCGUUGUUGCGCGAAGGUUCCGAUCCUAAGCCACUAGAUCAGGACUCGGCAGAGUUUUCGGACGUGAACCAAAAUGUGCGAAGCGAUGAACGGCUUCCGGUGACCGCAUCCACCAUUGCAAGUGUGACCACCGUUCUGCCGAACCAGUCUAGUGCAACGCUUACAAACAACGUCGAGUUUGACGAUUCCUCUGCCGGUGAAAAUUUGAUUGGACAGUCGAGCGUAACUACCGAGCGUUCGGAUCCACCGCAACCGACCACUGACGAAACGGCUGACGAUGGAGGCAAAGUUCCGAUCGUUUUAGAUGACAAGCAUGUGUACGAUAUGGUUUCUACAACAACACUCGCAGCAACAACCACCACGAGCACGUCGUCUUCAGCUCCAACAACGGAGGUCAGCCCUGGAACGUCACCGAACGGAUCGGGCCAAUCGGUUGGGAUUUCGGCCGAAGCAUACACCACACGCCGCACAAUUGAUCGUUCCAUGACGACCACCGAACUGUCGGAGGAAGAAUCCGUCACGGAGGAAGACUACAUUGAGCUUAACAAUGUUCCUGCCACGGGCGGUAGUAAUCAACCGCAGGGAGAGGGCCAGAAUCAGACGGAACAAGGUGUUCCACGGCAGGGCACUAACGGUACGACGGAACAGUCGCAGGGUGAACCGGCGGCAGAAGAGGAUAACAGUGUGGUCGUGGCUGUGGUGGCCAGUAUCGUGAGCGUAAUCGUGGUGCUACUGUUGAUUGCAGCUUUCAUGUACUAUCCGCCGUUGCAGAUCGUGUUCCGCAAGCGUCAGAAUCAGGUCUCGUACGGACAACGCUGUCGCCCGGUGGGGCUGGAUGCGUACAGCUUGGACAACGUGUCCGUGUACAAUAGCGUCCGCCGGAAGGGCAAUACGGCCCGCAUGUCCAAACGUUCGUACGGUAACUCGGCGUUCGAAGAUCCCAACUUCAAAACGAACCCGCUGACGGUGGCCGAGCUGGCAAACAUCAUUCACAACAAAACGGCCAUUUAUGACGAGUUUAAGGAGAUCCCGAAUGUGACGGCCCGGGCUGAUGAGGUACCGGAAGGAUGUGAGGAUAAGAAUCGGUACGCAAACGUAGUUCCUUUGCCGGAAACGCGUGUUCAUCUGAAGCGCAUGAGCGACGACGAGAAGACGGAGUACAUUAAUGCUAACUUUGUGAAGGGUCCCAAGGAUUCCGCCAACUAUUACAUUGCAUGCCAGGCACCGAUGGAGAACACGAUCAAUGACUUCUGGCGCAUGGUGUGGGAACAAAACUCAAAAGUCAUCAUCAUGGCGACAGAUCUGAGCGAGAACGGUGUGGAAAAGUGUGCCGAAUAUCUGCCGCCAUCGGUCGUUCUGGACAAUAGCCGCACGUUUGGAGAUUUCCAGCUUACGUUGAAAAAUCGUGAAAAUAAGGAGAAGUACACAAUCUCGACGGUGCAUAUGCGUCACACGCCCAGCAAUAAUCUGCGCGAGAUCAUGCACUUCUGGUAUCAGUGGCCCGAUACGGGCGUUCCGAUCGACGAAUCGUCCAUCAUCGGUAUGCUGCUGGAGGCACGAACCUACCUGAAACUAUCCCCCUCGGAGCUGGCCGAAUUUGCCACGAUCGCUGAGGAAACAGAGGAAUCUUCCCCGGUGCAGCCGAGUGGAGCUGCCAACGGAACGGACACCACCAAUACUAGCAAUAAUAAUAACAACAACAAUAACAACAAUGCCACCAGCAAUGGUACGGCGGGCGCCGGCAAAGAGCCGUCCAGCAUCGUCAGCAACGGUGGCACCAUGGACAAGCACAAAUCGCUACAACGAACUCAGGGACCACUCACCGUACACUGUUCGCCGGGUACUGGGCGUACCGGAACGCUGGUCGCGUGUGACAUUGCGCUGCGUCUACUAGAGGUGCCACCGCGUACGGUGGAUCUGCCACAGAUCGUGUACUACGUACGACGAGGACGGGCCAGUGCCGUCCGAACACGCGAACAGUACGAACUGAUCUACAGGGUAGCUAACGUGUACGCGACCAAAUUGACGGGACCGACCAUAGAAACAUAG